AUGGACAGGGGUGAGCGUCAAGGGGAUUGCCAUGGACCGUAUCGGAGAGAGCGCAAAUGCCCGCUGAGAAAGAGAAGCCCACCAGCAGUGGACAGUGUCGCAAUUAAACAAAAGUUCCUUUGGGGCAUCUUUGCCCUAAGGCAAGACGAACGUUCAAAGAAACGGAACAUAACAAACUACAAGAAAACGACAGUGAUGCAAAAUGCCUUUAGUGCCAAAAUGAUGAUCCCCAAAUGCGCGCUGCUGCUCAUCCUCAGUUUCGCUUUUUCAACUCACUGUAUACCGAUUCCAAACUCUCAAAUUGGGAAAGCUGAGGUUGAAUGCGGCGAAGACACUAUCGAAGUUGUGUUCUUGACGGAAAGCGUCUUUCAAGGUCGGGUAUUUGUUGUGGGGCAUUCAAACGAUGAGCAUUGUGUUUCUCAUGAGACAGGACGUCGUACAACUUCGAUAUCAGUGCGGAAAGAUCAGUGCGGGGUAGUAACUACUCGAUCGUGCGUUUUACUGCAACAUGCUAAAAUCUAUCUGAAAAGGCAAAGCUUUUUCAAAGCAUUCAUUUUUUCGCUGUUGCAGACUAACCCCCCCGGACUGUUUGUGAAUGUUAAAGUGAUGAUAUCGUUCCAUGAAGAAUUUAUCACCAAGGUUGACAGGAUUAUGAAUUUGCGGAAUAUUUUUGAAAUGCAUUUAAGACCGGUUUCAAGAAGAAGACUGCUUUUUAUUGCUUUUUUGCUGUUGUUAGCUCAAGUUUAUUUUUUUUUUGGUAAUGUAAAAAUUUUUGCUUUGUUGAAGGGGUACGAAAUCAGCUGCUUUUACAUGGAGGCUGAUAAAACGGUGACAUAUCCAUUAACGGUUUCUAUGCAGCCGCUUGAACCGUUCACUGAGCUUGCUGAAAUGCCAAGAUGCCGGUACGAAGUGGUUGAUCCAGUUACGAUGCAACCGCUUACUGUUGUGUCGGUUGGCAAUAAAUUAUUACAUAAAUGGAUCUGCGACUCAACUGCUCCAAGCUUGUGGUGUAUGACAGUACAUUCAUGUUUCGUUGAAGAUGGUUCGGGAACUCAGUUUGUCAUUCUUGACGAUAAUGGGUGUGCAGUAGAUCGAUACUUACUGGAUAACUUGGAAUACGGACCUGGGGAUCUACAAGCACAAAAAGAGGCUCAUGCAUUUAAAUUCGCUGAUAAAGUGGUUGUUAACUUUCAGUGUUCUGUCAAACUGGACAUACGAGACGGAGAGUGUCCUGUUAGUUUCUAA